GGGCUGGGGCCUAGGCCCCUGACCCUCCUGGAGCUUACGGCCCUCCGGCUAGACCCCGCCCCCAGGCCGCUGCCCCCCAGCCUGAGACCCCCUCCUACCCCCACCUCUAGGCCGCAGACCCCACCCCGCACCCGACGCUUCCCUGAACCUCAGUCCGAGUCCCCAACCCUGAGACCCUCCCCCAGCCUGCAGAGCCUGCCUCAGGGCCUUUGCACCAGCCCCAGCCCUCGGACUAGGACUAUCCUCCUCCCUAACACUGCCCCGCCCAGCCUGGAGACCCCCGUCCUCUCCGUCCCAACCCUCAGGCCCUUCUUCCGCCAGACUCCUUCCCUGAACCCCUAGACUCCUUUCCUCCUUAUCCCUGGAGCCCUUACAGCUCCUCCGCGCAGACCGAAUGCCCAGAAUGCCGCCCUCAGACUCCCUGAACCAGGGCCUGGCCCCAGGCCCGCCGCUCUCCCAGACCCCACCCCUUUCCUCAUCCGACACCUAACAGCAAAGCAGACCCCUCCCGAGGCCCCUGCCUUCUCCCGCGGCCCUCCAUGGUCCCCAGAGGUCCUGCCUUCGCUGUCUCCUGCCCGCAUGAGACCCCGGAGGUGAUCCCGGCCCGGGAGCUGACCGUCCGGAGCCCACAGAUGCCCUCCGUGCGCUCCCACUUCCCGGUGGAGCUGGGCUCUGUUAGGGAUCCAGAAGCCCAGGUGGGACGACUGCACCGCCUGGCUGUGGCCGGGGGCCCGGGCUGGGGCCUGGCCCGGCUCCUGCGGAGAGUCGUCCAGGUGGAUGGUGAGAACUCUGCUGGGCAGACCGGGCUCUUCCUUUCGGCGCUGCUGGGCCGCAGCUCUGCCGUGCAGCUCUUGCUGUCCUUUGGCGCCAACCCCAACCAUCGCUGCCUCGAUGGCAGCACCCCUGUGCACGCGGGCGCCUUCUCGGGCCGCAGCCUGGUGAUGCUGCACCUGCUGCAGGCAGGGGGUGACCUGCGUCUACAUGACCAGCAGGGCCGCACGCCUCGGGACUGGGCAGAGCAGGGUGGUGCGAAGGAGAGCCGGAAGGUGCUGGAACUGCUAGAGCUAUGUCGAGCCCAUGUAUCUGCGCUCGUGCACGGCAGCCAGCUGGUGGCCAGUGCAUCCCUGGGCCCGUGGCACGCUGGCUCUGGACGCAGCCCGCGUGGCUCCCUGUCCUUGCUGUGGCGGGCGCGCGUGGACAGGGUACCGAGGCCGGUGCAGAUCAGAAGAUGCCCCCAAAUCCCAGCCUUGGGGUUUGGCCAGCUGAGCAGCCUAUGGCCACUGGGGCUGGCAACAGGCAUACCCCUCGCGGACCCCAAGGAGCUGCUGCCAGCCCAGGGCGAGCCCGACCGCACCUAUGAGAGCAGCUCCCACACCCUCAUGGCCAACCUCCUGUGGAGGGGCCACCCCGUGACAGCUCGGCAGCUGAAGGCCCCGGGAACUCAGCCCGACGUGCUGUUGGCUGACCUUGAGCACUGCAGCGCCCUGCACCACCCCAACCUGUUGCUGCUGAUGGCGCUGAGCCCCUCGGCGGACCUGUCGGGGCUGUGCUUGCUCUUCGAACCCGUGUGGCUGGGCUCCCUGCACGUGGUGCUGCACCCACGGGGGCCGAGCCAGGGGCGGCCGUGCGCCGUGCCGGGCCUGCUGCCUGGCCACCUGCUGCUGCAGGUGCUGGAGGCCCUGCUGUUCCUGCAGGCGCGCUGGCGGGCCCAUGGCGGCCUCAGCUCCCACGCUGUGCAGCUGGUACGGCCGGGCCUGGCCAAGGUGGGCGGCCUAGAGCAUGGGCGCCCCCUGCACCGGCGCUGGCUGCAGCCCGGGCCACAGCAGGGCUACUCUCGGGAAGGCCCAGGCCCGGGGCUGCCCCCGCCUCCCGAACUGUACCCGUGGCUGCCACUUGAGCUCAUCUGCGGUGACACGCCUGCGGCCACCUCGGAUCUCUACAGCUUUUGCAUCCUGGCCCAGGAGGUCUUCACUGGAGAGCUGCCCUGGGCUGGGAGAGAGGGGCCUGAGGUGAAGGCUAAGUUGGAGGCAGGUGAGAGCCCGACCCUGGACCCCCUGGUGCCGGCCCCCUACCAGGCCCUGGUUCAGGCUGGGCUGGGCCUAGGGCCCGCUGACCGCUGGGGCAGCCUGCAGAACACUCGAUACCUGCUGCGGGAGGCCAUGGCCCAGGACUCAGCUCCUGGGGUGAGCUCUCUGAUGCACGGGACCACACAGUGCCCUGUGUCUCAGGGUUUCCUCCCAGAGACCCUGUACUGUGAGGUGGCUCCCAGAGCCAAGACCACACCCAAGCCUGUGUCCCCUGUGAUGUCCCUAGGCCCCUCCCCAUGCCAGGCCCUGAAGACUCCUGAGGUCACAGGCCACUGCAGAGUCCAGAGGGCCACUGUCUGGGACUCAGGCAGCAGCUUGACUCUAGGCAGUGGCCCAAGUCCCUGUCCCAUCCUCUACCCAGGCUCCAGCCCCACAGCCAGGGUCAGCCUGCACCGCUGCCUGGAGCCCAGCUCAACAGCCCCCAGUCCUGAGCUGAUCACAGGAGGUCUCUUCUCCAGCCUGCAGAAGAUGGACCUGCUGGAGGAGAUCUUAGCAGAGCUGCAAGGUGGAUACCAACUUGGAGACAAGCCCAGCCUCAACCCUGCUCUUGACACAGAUUCUUAGAGUGCCCAUGACUGCCUCUCUGCAGAUACCACCCCCCUCAGAGCCUCCCAGGAGUGACUUCCCAUUCAGCACUUGCUGAAAUGAUAAAGUGAAAAAGCAACC